AUGUCCAUCCAGCAACUGCGUCAGAGUCUUCAGUACACCCGAACGUCGUUGGCUCGCUAUUGGAUCCAGGAUGCGUUGCAGCCUCUUGCUUAUUUUGAGCUCAAGCAUUGCAUUGACCCAGAGCGGCGCAAGGUCGAGAAAGAGAUCACUAUACGUUUUGAAAGCAAGGUCAAGGACAAGGACGAAGCUGUAGACGACAACAAAGAAGUUGUCGUAGGGGUCCUCGCUGUUUGUUCGGAUGAUCCCGUUAGCACGACCUACCGAAGAGCAAAUGACGUUGUUGACGAAUUUUCUGGUAUUAGUCGUUGUUUUAUUUAUGCUGAUUAUGGGAACUCAGCCUCAUUCAAAUGGACUACAACCCAAGAAAAUAUUCUGAUAAACCCACUCCAAGGCCAUGAUCCAGUAGAGCCAGCCCUCUUCGUCCAGCGCACUUUUCUUCACCGUUUCCUAUGGCUUCCUCAUACCAUUCCCACCUUCUUCACGCGGUCAUCGAGCCCUCCUCUAGUAGUCCUUUCCCUUCGCACAGCCCCCAACAAGUACCACAACGAGCUCCGCCAGAUCCUUACUGACGGCGGCGGUGCAGUUGAAGCAGAGGAGAGUAUAAUGUGGUGUGGGUAUACUCUGGGGUACGAGAAGACCGAUGCCAGCGCGGAGCGUAGCGAAACCCUCAAGCGAGAAGAUGCUGCAAUGCUAGAGGAUGAGUGGAGAUCUGGCUGGCUCGAGUGCAUGGAACAACGUGAAGUUCAAAUCCAGAUUCUGCUGUACUUCCUCAAGCUCUUUCCCCCUGUAAUGUGCACCCAGUUACCACCUGUCGAACUCGCGGAAGAGGAGAAACCGAACUUGAUCACCCCUUCCUCCGUCGAGCGUCUCGAAUCCCUCAUGGAUACAUCUCGCGCGCGCGGAACUCGCCAUAAGAACGAACAUGACUGGAUAGCAGAAACCGCUAAGCGCAUCAUCGGACGCACCGAUUCUCAGUUUCAGCCCCAAUCCUCUCAAUCACACGCAGUGCGGGCCAUCACCCUCGUAGUCGCUGCUCCCGUAAAGAGAUUCCUUCACGCCAAGUCAAACGCCUCAGCUUGGAGUUCGAGUCCCAUACCUAUAGCUAGAAGCUCAACUUCACGCCCCGCCAAGAGAAGUUCAAGUGUCGUGCAUAUUGCAGGAAGGAGCUCAAAUCCAUGUCUCACUGGGAGAUCUUCAAGCCCUCCCACCGCCCGCAGCUCAAGUCUUACGCCUCUCGACAUUGACGAUGAGGACCUUCCUCCUACGUCUGUCCCUUUUUCGCACAACUCCUCUGACAGCCCGGGCGAUGCAAUGGACGAGGAUGCGGAGGAAGACGAAGAGAUAUGCUGCCAAGGUCUUCGUCUGAUGUGCUGCUGCUCGGCACGAGCGGGUGGAGUGCAGGUGCUAAGAAACGAGUCCCAUCAGCUGUAUCGGAUACGCCUGUCAGGAAGCACAUGA